AUGAAUCUAAAUAUCCCUUAACUUAAAGGAAACUUUGGAAAUAUGAAGCCUUUAAAUCCUCUUGAUCAAUUUGCUAAGGAAACAGAGGAGGAUGCAAGUGAAAUAGAUAGGUUAUAAAAAAGACUAAAUGAAUAGUAGUAGUAGGUGGAAGCAUUAAUGAAAGUUGUUUCAAACUCACAAUAAUAAAUAUAUUUAUCUCAAGAUAGAUAUAAACACACAAUAGAAAGUGAGCGAGUAAAUAGUUAAUUGCUUGAUGAAAUAAAGCAUCUAAAGAAGCAACUUAAAUAAAUUGAAAGUGGUCCCAGACUACCUCAAGCCCCUUUCCUGCCUCCAUUUUUGCCUCAAUAGUAAUAUCCCUUCAGUUAUCAUUAACCAUAUAAUUAAAUGGGUAUGCCCUACCCAUUGCCGAAUCAAAAUCCUUACUAUCAAUAUUAUCCAUUUCAAAACGUUCCUUUCCAACAACCUUAGAAGGAAGAUAGAAGUUUUAGUAAAAUAUUGAAAGGCCUUGCUAAGAAAAAGGAAGAGGAACAAUUAAAUCAGAUAAUGUUGCAAUUGUUAAAAAAUUAAUCGAAUGAUCCAGAUAAUGAACAUUACUAAAAACAGAAAUCUAGAAGGAAUGUAAAACUCAAACACAGAUCUUAAGAGGAUGCUUCUGAUUUUCUGUAUAGUAAAAGUUCUAGAUAUGAGGAGGAAUCACCAGAACAGAUGAAAAAGAAGAAUACAAAGAAAUAGACAAUUAAACCUUAAGAAUAGUAGCAAUCAUUGCUAAAUUAGACUUCAAAGGUUAAACUUCAACCUAUUAAAGUAAGGCCUACUCCAGAAAGAUUAAGAUUAUUAAGGAAAAAGUUUAAAUACUGCGCUUGGAUGGUUAUAUUUUAUAAAAAUAAAUAUUAUUAAAUUUUGGAGAAAAAGGCAAUCAAAAGAUUUAAUGAUGAAGUAGGUCUAUACGAUGAUUAAUUUUUAUACACCAAUGCCAUAGCAAUGUUUGUUAAGGAAGGUCAAAAGAUUUCCAUAUUCAAAAAAUCUUGGGUUUUCACAGAAAAAAAAGAUGUCCCUACUCGUAUAACUAAUUUAAUCUAAGCAGCAGAGACCUUUGUUAAACAAUUAAUCAUUAUAACCCAAAAUAUUAAAUUUGAUCAAAAGCAUUUGUCAUACAUUAAAGGAUUCACUACAGAUGGAGGUUAUUUAUUUCCAGCACAUUCAGCUUUUGUGACCCAGAGAUUAAAAUUAGAUUACAAAAGAAAAUUAAAAUCUACUUCUGCUGAACAAUAAAAAAUGGCCUUUUUGGAAUAUGCUUAUAUACAAUUACUUUUAUAUGAACAAAUGUUCUCAAUAAGUGGUUGGUAAGAUUUGCUUAAGCCAUUCGCAGAACCCUUAAAACUAUUAGUUUCUCUUCUAUAAUAUUUGUUUGUAGACAGAUUCAAGAAUCUGCAAAUCCUUUCAAAAAACAUGAAAUUUAAUGUUGACCAAGUUCCAUAUUUGGAUUUCACUAAGCGUAAUGUGGCUGAUGUCAAAUAAGCAAUAAAUCAAAGUGAUCCAAAAUUUUAGGUUACUGAUAAAUACCCAAUACUUGGAUUAUAUGAUGAGACUGUGUUGAAACCGGUGAUUGAUAAUCCUGCAUUUGCAAACCUUUAAAACCAAUUUAAAGCUUUUGUUGAUUUUAUACACUCCAAAACUCAGUGA